GCCGCCGCGGCCGACAGGUGUCCAAGAUCGCAGCGCGCAGCGCGCUCCGCUCUCCCAACUCGCAGCCAGUCGGCGGCGCUCCCGCCCACUGAGCGCAGCCUCCACCGGGACCCAGGGCGACCAGCUCGGGAUCAGCCGGCGACCCACUUCGGACCAACCCAGGAGCGGCCCGAUACCCACUUCGGACCAACCCGGGACCCACUCCAGACCAGCUCCUUACGGGGGACAGCUCCUCGCCGCUUCCCGCCACCCGGCGCUGCACGCUCCUCGCGACACAGUGCCAACCACCCAGAGGACAAGAUGGAUUGGGGCACGCUCCAGAGCAUCCUCGGGGGUGUCAACAAACACUCCACCAGCAUUGGGAAAAUCUGGCUCACGGUCCUCUUCAUCUUCCGCAUCAUGAUCCUCGUGGUGGCCGCGAAGGAGGUGUGGGGAGAUGAGCAGGCCGACUUUGUCUGCAACACUCUCCAGCCAGGCUGCAAGAACGUGUGCUACGACCACCACUUCCCCAUCUCUCACAUCCGUCUCUGGGCUCUGCAGCUGAUCAUGGUGUCCACGCCAGCCCUCCUGGUAGCUAUGCACGUGGCCUACCGGAGACACGAAAAGAAGCGGAAGUUCAUGAAGGGAGAGAUAAAGAACGAGUUUAAGGACAUAGAAGAGAUCAAAAACCAGAAGGUCCCCAUCGAAGGGUCCCUGUGGUGGACCUACACCACCAGCAUCUUCUUCCGGGUCAUCUUUGAAGCCGUCUUCAUGUACGUCUUUUACAUCAUGUACAAUGGCUUCUUCAUGCAGCGUCUGGUGAAGUGCAACGCUUGGCCUUGCCCCAAUACAGUGGACUGCUUCAUUUCCAGGCCCACAGAAAAGACUGUCUUCACCGUGUUCAUGAUUUCUGUGUCUGGAAUUUGCAUCCUGCUAAAUAUCACAGAGCUGUGCUAUUUGUUCAUUAGGUAUUGCUCAAGAAGGUCCAAAAGACCAGUCUAAGGCAUCGCCCGGAUGCUAGAGCAAAGAUGGAGGGAGAGGAUGAGGCAACCCACGCUUAGUCGUCAAAGCUCAGCCACCAGCAUUUCCCAAGACGGACAUUCUCAUCUUAAAUGCCACCAUUUGAAGUCCCUGUAGGCCUCCCAUGAAACUCCAGAAGCCUCCGUGGGCCUCCCUUCCCCCAAAGCUGCCAAACAAAGGCCCAAUUCUAUGCCUGUAUUAAUGGGUUCUAAAGUUAGUUCCACUGAGACCCCGUGCUGGUAGCUUGUAGGAUACAUUCACAGUUUGAACAAAGGGAUCUCACAUUGUUUCUCUUCCUCUGAGGACAGGAGAGAGGAGCCCAGUCCUGAGGAAGUUCCUCCCUCAGGGUACCCUUCCCCAAGUUGCCCCUAGUUAAAGGUAAAGAGUCUCCAUACUGUUAUUUGCUUUGGUAGUUUAAGUCUGCAACAAUGGACAAAAGCUAUUAAAUGCUUCAAGCUCUGUGUACUCUUUUUUAUUCUUUUUAAAUGAAAACCUUAAAAUAAGAUAGGUUCUUUUGUUCCUAAAAUGAUCUGGAAAGCAUUAUACAUUCUUCCUAGUUCAGAGGUUGAGUUUGUGAAGUGAGCAUGGUAUGUAACCAGAUCUCACAAGGUCUUUAAAACGUUGGCCUUUGGGCUCUGGGUAACUUGCAGUGUGGCUGAGAGCCCACCUACUGUACUCAUCACUGGUGUGCUGGGCACAGGGCUACAACGCUCCAGCCUGUCUCAAAUGAGACAAACUGGAAGCUUCUCAGGCUGGCUUCCGACAAGAAGAGGCCUCGAUUAGAAAAUUCAACUGUAAUUUUGUCUAAGAGACAGAUAGGAUGUGCCAACAACUGCCACCUGCCAUGAGCCUAACUCAGCCCCACCCCCACCUGUUUGUCUACUCUGUAGCUGUGGGAUAUGGCAGUGAGCAUCAGAAGACAUCGACUUCAGGAGUUUGCUUAGGAAUGUCCCUGCCGUAGUACAAUUUAAUGGUGCAGAAACCAAAUGGGGUGGUUUCCAAAGAACCAAUGAAACUUCUAGACUCUUAAAUCCUGUUGAUUAAAACUAAGUUUUUCUACUUUGAAAAUCUGUUUGCCUCCCUCUUCAGCAUUGCCUUCUUAACUGGAAACAGAAAUGUGGAUAUUUGGAAAAAAUAGAAGAAACUAGCUUAGGUCAAUAUGUAACUUUUCUAGGGCAAGUUGAACCUUAGCAUCACCAUUAUGCCUAGUGUGUUUCCCACAAGAUGACAGUCAACAAAACCAACAGGGGACACUUCUUCCUGCCAAGAAUGUCACUGGGAAGCCAUUUUGUAACAAUAAAUAAGAGUUGUGGUUUCGUGCUUGCCACUGAUAUCAUUUUUGUAAACUCCUAAAUGUCAUUUAUUAAAAUAUGAUUAUUUUGUAUACUUUAAAAUUAAAUAAGGUUUUUAAUAGAAUACCAAACUUUAACUUGAUCAAAA